CCUCACAUGGACGAUGGUAUUACACUGUGUCCAACACUUUAAGCCCUGAUGUGGGACGAGUGCAAAGCUUAAUCUCACACCCCACACACGCCAGCGACCUGCCUCAGGGCAUGGCUCAGAUCCAACUCAUUUAGUCAUUCCUUAGCGAGGCUGGGUAAAACCUCUCUACGAGGUGUUGAAGAUCGUCCACGACGAUAUUAUCGCGAGACCGAGGUAAGCUGUCCAUCUCGACGCACUCCUAUCCGUCUUCCACGAUGCGAUCUCAUUUCCUCUUCCACGAGGCCGAGGUAAGACGUCCGCUGCGAUGCACUCCCAUCCGUCUCUCACGGUGUGAUUUUAUUUCCUCUUCCACGAGGCCGAGGUAAGCCCUCUCCACGAGACACUCCAAAUCGUCCGCGACGAUACUAUUCGCGAGGCCGAGGUAAGCCGUCCAUCUCGACGCACUCCUAUAUAUCCGUCUUCCACGACGUGAACUAUUUGCUCUCGGAUCUAAGGCGAGGGGGUGCAUCAUUUGUGCCUAUCUCACUUACCCUAGCAGCUCUCAUUUGAAGACCCCGGUCUCACUAAGGAUGACGUCAAGGUUUGUUCUAGACCAGACUACUACACGAUCGGCACAAUUCGCUGAUUAGGCCUAUCUUUUGUCCAAAACUUUGGACUCAACUCAUACGUUGAUUUACUUUUCUCGGCCGCGUGGUGACCGGUCUGCCCGAGCCCGCGAGCGCCUUGUAUUCUUUUUUGAACUUAUUUUGCAGGUUAGAAGGAUGAGAAGGCUGAGAUCGGCAUCGGCCACCUCAUGAGGCACCCAUGCCCCACCUUGUGAGGCACUUAAGCUCGGCCUCAGCCACUCAGGCUCGGCCUCAACCACUCAAGCUCGGUCGCAGCCACUCAAGCUCGGCCUCAUCUGCUCAAGCUCGGCCUCAUCCACUCAAGCUCGGUCGCAGCCACUCAAGCUCGGCCUCAUCCACUCAAGCUCGGCCUCAUCCACUCAAGCUCGGUCGCAGCCACUCAAGCUCGGCCUCAUCCACUCAAGCUCGGCCUCAUCCACUCAAGCUCGGUCGCAGCCACUUAAGCUCGGCCCAGCCGCUCAAGCUCAGCCUCGACCAUCUUAAGGGGCCAGAGACUCCCACCGGAGCCGAGCAUGGACACUACUACCCUUCACCUUGGAAUUCUUCUUCGGCUUAAGGAGUGGGGGACUCCGGGUGCUCAGCUCGUGAUUGUUACUGUAACACCCUAAUCCGUCCAGGUCUGCAGCCCCUUUCGGACUAAAGUAUUGAUUUGGUAAUCGUGAUAAUUUAAAACAUUUCAAACAUUUUUAUUUAUAAAUAAUAUUCCAUACAUAAUUGUAGAAAAUGCGGAGUGUUUAAUAAUAAUGCGGAAGCGACUUU